CAAGAAUUGAGCGCUUCAGCUUGAGCUUGAAGGUUUGAAGCAGACUGAAGCGGAGUUGCCACAGCUCUAAGCGGCAGCGCAAUGUCGUACUUUCCGGGCAUGCCGGCGCCGCGGCCGUACUACGGCGGCUACUACAGCGGCGGGUACGACGACUACUACAGCUACUACACCGGGUACGACGGCUACGGCGGCGGGUACGGCCCGCCGCGGCCGCCGCGCGGCGGCUGGCGGGGCCGCGGCCGCGGUGGCUGGACCCGCGGCGGCGCCUCUGGCGGCGGCGGCUCGGCUGCCACGCCCGUGAAGACCGUGGAGUCGUCGUCGGCCGCUACGCCCACCAGCACGGCCGCCAAGGCGGAUACCACGGUGAAAACGGAGACGAAGGUCAAGACGGAGCCGCAGGUCAAGGUAGAGCCGCAGGUUAAGACCGAGCCACAGGUCAAGACGGAGAAGACCGGGCAGCAGACAGCGCCGGCCGCCGGUGCCGCGAAGCCGGCCUCGGUGCCGAACGGCGGCCCGGCCGCUGCCACUACCGCUACUGGUGGACAGACCACCACUACCACCACCACAGGCACACGGGCGACACCGGCGGCGGCCGCCACCACCGCCGCCAAGACUGCUGACGGCGCGGCGGCCACGGCCAGCACUGCCACCGUGGACACCCCACUGAGCGAGGACCACCCGUUUCCGGAGAGUGUCACGGAGAAGUUCUUCCCGAACCGGUGCGAACUCUGCUCAGUCGUGUUUCCCGUGGCUCGAGACAUCUUUAUACCUGAAAAGGGCGGACUUGAUUACAUGGAGAGCAACCUGCAGUCGACGAUGCACUACAGCGGCAAGUGCCACAAGAAGCGCCUGCGUCAGUUCAUGCAGGACUACUGCCGCCGAAACCGCGUGGUGCCGCCGCAGAAGGCCCGCACACUGAUGAAGGACACACCGGCUAUACCGCGUGCUGCCGAUAAACAGGAGACUCCAAAGGUGGACCUCUACUGCAAGACGUGCGACCUUAGCUUCACCUCCGUGCAGCACGCGUCGCAGCACUACGCCGGCAAGAACCACCAGCGUAAGCUGGAGGGGAAGCCGCCGCUGAAGACGGGCUACUUCAACCCGCGCACGGGCCGCUGGCAGAGGCUUCCGCCGGGUCAGGAACACGAGCGGUACCAGCACCGACCGAUUGUGGCGGCCGCCGUCACCGGGGGUCUGCGACCCGCACCCGCCGCGCCAGCGCCCCCAGCGGCCGCCGCCGCUGCCAGCUCGAACCUGGUUACCGUUCAGGUGUCGCCGGCUAACCUGGUGACCGCUGGUGUGAAGCCCGCUGGCGCUGCCGCCCCCGCGGCCGCCGCAGUGGCCAGUGUCGGAGCCGGCAGCGGCGCGCAGAGCAAGUUCUACUGUCAGAUCUGCGGCGUUUCCGCCACCUGUCAGGUGCAACUGGACACUCACAUGACAGGAGCCCGUCACAAGAUGCAGGCUAAGAAACUUGGGCUGCCCGUGCUCGCCGAAAAGCCGGCGGCCAGCACGGCUGAGGCGACUAAAGGGACAGCCACUGCCGAACCGGCGGCUAAGCGGCCCCGUAGGGACUACUCCAUUUACAAAACACCUUCAGGGAAGUUCUAUUGCCUUCCGUGCGACCUGACGAUGAACUCGGAGACCCAGUUCGCGCAGCACUUUGAGAGCAAGAAGCACCAGAUGGAGGUGUCCAAACAGCGGAAGGCGGGCGUGGUGUCCGCCUGAGGCACGGCUGACGACUAGGACAGCAAUACGGAGCCGCCGCGCGACGGACAGACGCCUCUUUCACCAGCCUGCGGCGCGCACCCUUGGUCAUCUCAUAAGGUCGGUUUCAGCACAGUGACGUGGUAUCAGUGAUGGCGACGUCAUCCGCCGGUGGGGACGUCACCGGUUGUAAUGUUAAAUGUGAGUGAGGGCGAAAGGUGGGGACUGCCAGCCCCUGUCGACGGAAAUAGGUAGAGGGCACCGCCUCUGGUCGAUGUCGGGACAUCUGGACCUCUUGACCCCUGGUCGCGGGUCGUGCGGACAGAUCGAUAUUUGGGCUUAUGGUCCAUGAGCGGUAUUAUAGACCAGAGGAGCUGCGCCGUGCUGCUCCGAGGGGCCGUGUCGUGCUGCUCCGAGCCCCGAGGGCCCGUGCUGUGCUAUCCCGGACCAGUGCCGUGCUCUGUGGGGCCGUCCUUGUGGCCGUGCGUGCUCCCUGGGCUUCUGAGGUGAUCUGGAGCCGUGCACUGCCCCAUCCCAGUGGACCAUCGGCGGAUGGUGGAGUGCAUGUGGUCGUCCACUGCCGUCCACAGGCCGCGGUGGAACGAGUGGCGAGUGUGAGAACUGCGAUGCGUGCCGGGUGGUUGAAGCCCAGGCGCCCCGCAGUGCAGACACCGGCGUGCCCCAUUAGUACGCAGUCUUGCCGCUAGGUAGGCUGCCGUCGCCUUCGACCCGGCGCCGGUACAUACCAUUAGCAUGAAGCCAGGACUCGGGAUUACCGUGAUGUGGGCAUACUUUGUGGUAAAAAGUAAAAACAAACAAAGGAAAUUGAGGGAAAAAUCGAAGGAGGAUUCAAGUUUUGGGAAUGCUUGGUAUUUAACGUUGGUUUGAAAUGUUUGACGAAAUCAAAAGGAAUGAUAUCGAGUGAUGAGGCUCAGGAGAUAGUGCUAAGGUUAAGAGCAGGUUCGAGCAAUUUCGAGCUUGUUUCGGGUCCGUGGCCCUGUGGUCAUUCUGGUCAGGCGUGAGCUGUGCUUCUUUGAGUUAGUCGCGAGACUAGCAGGUUUCAUUUUAUUAUAAAUUGGAAUUCGCAGCGUCACGUUUCAUUUAUCGUCCUGAUAAGUGUUGCUUGCGUUUAAGGGUGUCUUGCGUGAAUUCUGCUCUGUUUUUUUUUUUGUGACCAAUUCGUGCUGUACAUAGUCACUGCCGCGUUUAAUGUAGCAUGUUCUUUCUGAAUGCAAUCGUCUGCAAUC